AUGCCUCGGUGUGGAAACUCUGACACAUUUCUGUCUCUAGACCCCCAGCACCAGUCGGUCCCGUACCAUUACUACGAGCCCCAUGGUCCAGACGAGUGCACCAUGUUCGUGUCCCAUGAGCGGGGCAGGCGCGGCAGUCAUCACCGCUUCAUCACCGAGAAGCGGGUCUUCGCCGGCUGGGCCCGGACCUUUGACAUCCACUUCUACCAACCGGACUGGAGCCCCCCGCCGCUGCCGGCCAAUCACACGGCAGAGGAGGCGGAGACUAGCUCGCCCCAGACGUGA